AGGGGGUGCGCACAGCUCUGGCAGCCAAAUAUGUACGGUAUCUGUAUAAAUACAGUACAACAGAAAAACACCAUUUAGAAAAUUAAUUAUCAAUUCACCCGUUUCAGAUUCAGAUAAACUAUAAUUACAGAAGCUCAACAUAAACUCCCGGAAGGCGGUGAUUGUAUUGUGUAGUGUCACGUGAUCAAUACGUUCUCAUCAGGACCGGUUAAAACCGACGGAAACAGCGCAGGUUCGGGGUCUGUGAAUCUACCCGUGAGAAUCGAACGCAGAGCCGUGCAAUGACCACUCUUCGUCUGCUGAGAGGUCGCGGUUUUCUUCGGCUCGUCCUCUCUGACUCCUCGGCUGCAGCUGGAGCCAUGCUGCGCACAACUAGCAGCAGGAACUACAGCCUGGACGUCGCCGAUCCGCUGCUGCGGACCCAGGGCUACGUGAACGGCCGAUGGGUCUCCGCAGCCUCCGUAUUCCCCGUCCUGGACCCGGCCACCGGACAAGAGAUCGCCCGGGUGACGGACUGUGGCCCGACUGAAGCUAAACAGGCGGUGGACGCAGCGUACACGGCGCUUCAUUCGUGGAAGCAGUACACGGCCAAAGAGAGGAGCCACCUGCUGAGGAAGUGGUUCGACCUCAUGAUGUUGCACAAAGAUGAUCUGGCCAAACUGAUUACCUUUGAAUCUGGUAAACCCAUGCGCGAGUCUCUCGGGGAGAUUGGGUACUCGGCCUCCUUCCUGGAGUGGUUUUCAGAGGAGGCUCGCAGAGUGUAUGGUGACAUCGUCCCAUCUCCUUUCAGGGACAGAAAGAUCCUCCUCCUCAAACAGCCUGUGGGCGUCUGCUCUAUCAUCACUCCGUGGAACUUUCCUAGUGCCAUGAUCACCAGGAAGGUGGGAGCAGCUCUGGCUGCUGGCUGCACUGUGGUCAUUAAACCAGCAGAGGACACACCGCUGUCAGCGCUGGCUCUGGCUGAGUUAGCGGAGCAGGCAGGUAUCCCUGCAGGAGUUUUAAACGUGGUUCCGUGCUCCAGAGAGAAGACUCCGUCUGUUGGAAAGGUCCUGUGCACUGACCCCCUAGUGGCCAAAAUUUCCUUCACAGGCUCCACUGCCACCGGGAAGCUUUUAUUAAAAAUGGCCGCCGACACUGUGAAAAGGACGUCUAUGGAGUUGGGCGGCCACGCGCCUUUCAUCGUGUUCAACAGUGCUGAUGUCGACAAAGCAGUGCACGGAGCCAUGGGGUCCAAGUUCAGGAACUCUGGACAGACUUGUGUGUGCUCAAACCGGUUUCUAGUUCAGGAUGGUAUCUACAGUCGCUUCAUGGAGAAACUAGGAAAAGCCAUGGAUGCUGAGCUGCGACUGGGUCACGGCUCUGAGCCUGACACCACCCAGGGGCCACUCAUCAACAUCAAAGCUGCAGAAAAGGUGGUCCACCAAAUAUCUGACGCUGUGUCCCGGGGGGCAAAUAUUAUCAAGGGUGGCAAUCGUCUGGAAGGAUCCUUCAUGGAGCCCACUUUGCUGGCAGACGUCACCACGGACAUGUUGUGUACACAAGAGGAAACCUUUGGACCCCUUAUACCUGUCAUCAGGUUUCACACAGAAGAAGAAGCUGUGUCCAUCGCUAAUGCGUCUAACGUGGGACUAGCAGGUUACUUCUUCUCCGAGGACCCGUCUCAGAUCUGGCGCGUGGCCGAGGCGCUGGAGGUCGGUAUUGUCGGAGUGAAUGAGGGCCUUACGUCCACGGUCGAGGCCUCCUUUGGUGGAGUAAAAGAGUCUGGUCUGGGCAACGAGGGGUCCAAGUACGGUAUCAACGAGUACCUGGAACUCAAGUACAUGUGUUUCGGAGGCCUGAAACCCUAGGAGCGACGAGGCAGAGUGGCACCCCCUACAGUCCUUAUGGGGUAUUCCAAACACAAUAGAGGUGGGGGGAAAAAAAAACAAGAAACGCCUGCCCUAGAUGCUCAGACGGUAAGGCAUCACAGCAAAAAUCCACAAAAUUUUAAAUAAUUUAUUUCAACAUUCCAAAUUAGGAUUGCACAUUUUCAAAUCGUCUCAGCCUUCCUAGCAUUCUAACAUGCUUAAAGGUCAUGACCUCUGAAGUGGGAUAUGCAGUUGUAGAUUUCAAACUCCUACCUUGAAUGUGGACUGAGGAGAAACUAAAUAUAUCUGACUACAUUUCCAGAUGAAAUAAAAGCACUUUUGUUUUUGUUUUUGUUCGAAAUAACAAUGUGUAUGUGGCGUUAUAGACUAUUUUUUUUUUAAAUAGAAUAACUGAGAUGGUCAAGUUGUUGGUUAGCGUAAAUGUGUUUUGUUUGGGGUUUUUUUUACUUUGAAGAACAAAGUGACAGUGGUCAGAUAUGCUGGGAUGUAGGGUUGAGAGGCUGGCUGGAGGUGACAGGAUUUUCACGAGGAGUGACCAGGAUGAACAGGAUUUGAUCAAGCAGAUUAAAGGAACAGCAGUUUUCUGCUAAAACUACAGACGUAAGGUAGAGGUGAUGGAGAUAUUGGACAGAGAAUAUUGGAGAUGGAGCCUAAAAAUAAUGCAUGAAUAGCAAGAGAUAGACUGAGAUGGAGGCAGACGAUCUGCUGUAGAAGUGCUGUGAUUUUUUUAAAUUUAUUUAACAGGGUAGAAUGAGCUGCACUGCAUGGCGGUUUGAUAUCAGAGUUAUAUCAUAAUCGUCAUAAUACAGUGGUACCUCGAGAUACGAGCGCCUCGCAAGAUUUUCCUCGGGGGAAGUAUCCAGAUUACAAUUGUAAUCUGGAUACUUGAUUUGGUACGAAUGCUAUAUGUAGGACUUAAAUCACAGAUAAGAAAAUAAAAUAAUAUUUUUCUUUCUUCAGGGUGUUUUUUGCCAGGAAGUAGAGUAGAAAAACAUGCCUUUUGUUCUUGUGCUGAACCUGCUCCAGUGUUAACAUUUGUAUUUUCUCUUUGUUGUCAAAUAUUUUGUAGCAGAGACUAAUGGUGGUUUUGUCAUGUUUGAAAUUAAUUGUAAAUUUAAAAUGUCGCAAUUACAUGUUGUAAUAAAAACAAAUGUCAGCA